AUCUCAUCCGCCCCAUUCAGCGACAAGACUCUUCGAGACUUGUCUUAUUUCUACACAUACUUUCACCAGCCUGCAGAAGCAGUGUUACCAUACGAAGCACCUUCGCCUGGUGCGCGGACAGCUGGGAUCGCGACACAAAGCUUAUCGUGCUUGCGUCUGCACAGACUUCAAGCCACUUACGACCGGCGGCUAGUCGCUGAGCACUGGUUGCUACACCCAUUUCACUUGAGAGGAAGCACCUCUUCAUUGUUAUGAUCGCUGCUUACAGCCACCUAUAAUCUUCUACACUACAUCGCCUUAUACCGCCACAGAGCAUGGCUGGCAAUAGCUCCAUUGUCUCGUCACGGACGGACACAACAGACCAAAUCCUACAAUGGUACUCCAAACUCUUCAGUCGCCGUGUUGAUCUCGUGGGCGACUUCGCAGGCAGCGAACGAUUCUUGAUUCACGGCGAGUCACUUCUGCUCCACUGCUUCAGCGAUGCACAGAUCGACUUCGAGCCUGGGCUACAGCUACUACACGCCUCAUACACGGUAGAGAAGUUCCUGCACGGGCUUGUUUCUCGCCGCUGUAACUUUCACAUUGCUUUCUUCGAUGAAUACCAAGAUCUUUGUGUGCCUCAAGAUGCUUCGCCCGCUGUUAGCGAAACGUACCUGCUAGCACGAGCGGCCAUCAUCCGCCAUCUACAAGUCAACUUGCGCCCAGUCCACCCAGACAUCGAGGUCAAGGUGUUCCCAUCAACAACGUCUGAAGCAUUCGAAGAGUACCUCAGCGUCACAGACGUGUACUUCAUCUUAUGCCACGAUGGAGCCUCUAUGAAAGAUGUUCGCAAGAGAGCAGUCCUGCAGAAAGACCUCGAUGCUCUCAAGAGCGAGGACAAGUGCCUACAGGAACACCACGAGCAGUACAAGGCGUCGCUCCGGACACUCAUCUACAGCAUGAUGCAGCGAGGUUACAGUACUGCGCUCAUCAACGGACUAGAGUAUCAGGAUACCAAAGCCAUUGCUUCGGUUCUCGAGCACUCACGUGCAAUGACUUUGCAGGUUCCACAAACGACAUCAACAUCAAACUCAAGUGGAGAAGUCGACACAGCAACUCUGCAAGAGUCACUCACUGCUAUCAAGUCAUCGAAUGAGCAUUCUUUCGCUGAGCGAGAGUAUCUGGCGGUGCUUGUUGCCUCGAAGUUUGCAUCAAAAACAAAAGACCACCAGGACUUUGCUGUUGCAUUGCUUCGCCAUACCGCUCUACUUUCGGAGCUAAGCUUGCCCGACCGCUUGAUGCAGUACCAGGAGCCAUCGCAAACAUCCCGCGCCCUGGUUCUAGAGUUCUGUCAAGAGGCCCGCAAAGUCCUCGUGCAAACGGCAUGGAGCGAAGAAAUCAGCAAACAGGCUGUAGCAUGCGAUAUCGCAGAUCUCAUCGACGGACGAUUGUUGGCUGCUUGCCUUCAAGAUUCCGCAUAUCCGAGCUCGGACCUCUUCCAGUCUUUGGCAAGAGCUGCAUCGGCUCUUUGUGGGCAGAAGGAGCUCGCAAAGGCAAGUGGCGCUUCAAGUUCGACUGGCAAGUCGAACAGCAACGUUGAGAAGUCAGAUGAUGGAGCAUCAUACCGUCUUCUUCCAUUCGCUAACGAAGUCUUCGACAAGCACCUGGCUCCGGUUCAUCUGAAGGUAACCAAGUCCGACGGCAAGGUCGACUCAACCUCAGCAGUGAUCUUCCGUGAGGUUUCGCACUGGCACAACUCUAAACCCCUUCAAAGCAAGAGCGGUCCUGUUGUCAAGGAUGAGAAAGCAGCAAAAAAAGCACUCCGCCGCAAUCAGUUCUUCAUGGCGGAGAUGACAACAUAUGCUGCUAGUCUUACCAAUGCAGUUGGAAGGACACUUGAGCCGGAGACAAUUCACGUCGGCGCUUCGAAACCAAGCACUCCGAUGCCCUCCAGACCUGGAACGCCCAGCCAGGACCCAGCAGACAAGAAGGGCAAAAAGCAGGGUGGGAAGCCUGGUGGCAAAAACAAGAAUCAAGCCAAGCAGGAUAUGCUUGCAAACAUUGCAGCAAGCUCUAAGCGCAAAGAUGAGGAUACUGCAGAGAAACAGAUUAAAGCAUGGGUCGUUGUCUGCGAUGGUCUCGAGAAGCAGGCCGAUCUGACAGCGCGAUAUGAGAAGGCCAAGAAGCACCUUCUCAGCCUCAAUACCGACCUCAAGCGAAAGGCUCUGGAAGCGGAAGUCCGUCUCUACAUGUUGAACGUUUUAUUGAAGAUGUGGAUAGAGCACUGCCGCAAAGACGAUAAAGAGGAGGGUCUCUAUACUGCUGCGCUGAUUUUCGAUGCAGUCAGGGCCAUUUGUGGUCUUUCAGCUGUGACGAAAACAAACGCAGCGUGUCUCAAGAAGACCAUCGACCGUCUGAAGCUACCUUCCCUACAGGUACCACCGAUCGAGGGCGACCGAAAGUUGCCGUUCCAGUUUAUUCUGGACGAGGCAUCGAGUACGGACAUUGCUUUAAGCCUGUCGCCAGAAGAGUUCCAGCUACUCUACUGUGGACCUUACUUCGACCGAACUAUGGACUCAGCUCCAGAUUCUCGCGUGCCGUUUGAGCCAGAUGCGUGGCAGCGCAAGGUCUUGGACGAGAUCGAUGCCCGCCGCAGUCUACUUGUUGUAGCCCCAACCUCGGCUGGUAAAACGUUCAUUUCGUUCUACGCAAUGAAGCAGGUAUUGGAGUCUAACAACGAAGAUGUUCUGGUGUACGUGGCGCCAACAAAGGCGCUUGUCAACCAGAUCGCAGCCGAAGUACAGGCUCGUUUCUCCAAAAACUACAAGUACGCCAACUCGGUAUGGGGUAUUCACACCCGUGACACUCGCGUCAACAACCCUACUGGUUGUCAGAUCCUCGUUACUGUACCCCACAUCCUUCAGAUCAUGCUGCUCGCACCCACCAACGCAAAAGGCUGGUCCGAACGAGUGAAGUGGAUAAUCUUCGAUGAAGUUCACUGCAUCGGGCAGGCCGAGGAUGGUCUUAUUUGGGAACAGCUGCUGCUUAUGGCGCCUUGCCCUAUCAUCGCUCUCUCUGCAACCGUUGGAAAUGCCGAAGCCUUCAGCGACUGGCUCUCUUCUACGCAGAAGGCUGCCGGUAACGAUCUGACAAUGGUCCAGCAUAAGCACCGUUACUCAGAUCUUCGAAAGUUCUUGUACAUCCCACCAAAAGACUCAGCCAAGCGUGUUGCAGCGGCGCUUCCCCUGUCAACGAACCGCACAUUCGCCCGCCUGGGUCUCGAUGAUGUACCGAACUUCACCUUCAUGCAUCCCGUCGCCAGUUUGACCAACAGAAAACGUGGUAUGCCAAGUGACUUCUCCCUUGAAGCACGAGACUGCUAUUUCCUUUGGCAAAGCAUGUCAAAGCAUCAGACCAAGGACUAUCCAGUCGAUAAGUCCCUCACUCCUUCGACUGUGCUUCCAAAGGUCAUGCGCAAGGCGGAUAUCAUCAACUGGGAGUCUGGUCUCAAGGCUCUGCUCGCCCAGUGGAUGGCAGACGACAGUUCUCCAUUCGAAGCUGUGCGCAAGGACUUCAGCUCUUCUGUCAUGAAGUCUGCUCUUCAUAUCAAGGACAGCGGUAACGCAGAGCCAGUCCAGGAUGACCAGGAAGUCGAUGACCCUGCAAGCAACCACGAUGUUAACAACAUUUUACCUCUGUUGACAGAGCUCCAUCAGCAAGAUGCCCUGCCUGGUAUCAUCUUCAACUACGACCGAGCGGUCUGCGAGAGGAUGUGCCGCACGGUCUUGACCCAGCUGGAAGAGGCCGAAGCCGAAUGGAAGAAGACCAGCCCGAAGUGGGCAGAGAAGUUGCGCGAGUGGGAAGAAUACAAGAAGGAGGUCGCCCGUCGCGCUAAGCAAGGUGUCCGUGCAGCGAAGGGUACUACCAAGGAAGAGCAGAUGAUGGAAGCUGCCAACCGUGAGGUCAGCCCAUUCGCAACCUUCGACCCAGACAGGCCACUGGAGGGCUUCCACUUUGCGAACAGUAAGAGACUGUCCAGUGAGGAACUCCGCAACCAUGAGAAGGAACUGCGUUACCGUGGUGUUGACGAGGUGUUUAUCCAGGGUCUUCAGCGUGGUAUUGGUGUCCAUCACGCUGGUAUGAACCGAAAGUACCGCUAUGCCGUCGAAGUGCUAUUCCGAAGGGGCUACCUGAGAGUCGUCAUUGCGACAGGUACUCUUGCUCUCGGUAUCAACAUGCCUUGUAAGACUGUUGUCUUCUCUGGCGACUCGAUCUUCUUGACCGCACUCAACUACCGUCAAGCCGCUGGUCGUGCCGGUCGUCGUGGCUUCGACUCGCUCGGUAACGUUGUUUUCCACGGCGUCUCGCUCAGUAAGAUCAACAAGCUCAUCAGCUCUCGUUUGCCUGAUCUGAACGGACAUUUCCCCAUCACUACUACUUUGGUUCUACGUCUGUUCACGCUCCUGCAUGACUCGGAGAACUCGCCAUUUGCGGUCCGUUGUAUCAAUGCGCUGUUGUCUCAGCCGCGCGUGUAUCUUGGUGGCGAGGAGUCGAAGAUGACCGUCCUCCAUCAUCUGCGCUUCUCUAUCGAGUACUUGCGCAGGCAGUCGCUGUUGGAUUCGCGUGGAACGCCCCUCAACUUUGCAGGUGCUGUUAGCCAUCUGUACUUCACUGAGAACUCGUCUUUCGCCUUCCACGCAUUGCUGAAGAACGGAUACUUCCACGAGCUGUGCGCGAAGGUUAACACAAACCAGGACUCGGUCUUGCGUGAGCUCAUGCUUACAAUGUCUCACCUCUUUGGUCGCCUCCAAUGCAGACAAGCUGACGAGGAGUUUGUGCAAGAAGUGGUCAAGGGCAGUCCAUCAGUCGUGUUCCUGCCCAAUAUGCCCGAAAAUGCAGUCAACGUCCUGCGUAAGCAUAAUAAGCAGACACUCGAUAUCUUCACAUCUUACGUCCGUACCUUCGUUGAGCAGCACAUCCAGGAGCCAGACAACACGCUGCCUCUGACCACAACCAUCGUUGGCGGCAAGUCAAACGCAGGACCAUCACCCAACAAGGUUCGAUCUUCCUUCGUUGCGCUCUCAGGCCACAACGACGAGUUCGAGUCCAUCCACGAGCUCUGUACAACAAGCAGAUCCGGCGUCUUUCUCGAGGAAGCCGUCGUGCCCUACGUCGGCAUCUACUCAGAGGACUCCGACCUGCCACUCAACGCCUACCUCUACGACUUCUUCAUGCACGGCAACGCAACCGCUGUCGUCACCGCCAACCGCAUCCGCCGUGGCGACAUUUGGUUCGUGCUCAACGACUUCAGCAUGGUGCUCGCUACCAUUGUCACCAGCCUGACCAACUUCAUGAACCUUGGCACAGAGUCCGAUCUCGACUUCAUCGAUGUGCGCGGUGGCGGUGAUGACGAAGAGGAAGAUCUCGAGGACAGGCUUCUACCAAACCAGGGCGGUGCAGAGGACACCGCUGGACCGGGUUCGGGUGCCCAAGGUGCCAGAGGACCUGCGCAGCAGCAGAAUCUGCCGGUCCAGCUUGCCAAGAAGAAGAAGAGGGUUGUUGAUUCUUGGGAUGAGGAGGCGGAGAGCUCGAGUAGUGAGGGCGAGAACUGGGAUGAUGGGGAGGAUAGUGAGGAGGAAGGUGGUGAGGUCGCUUGGGAUGAGCAGACUGGGUUGUUGAAUGUGCUGAAGGCGUUCAAGUUGUUGAAGGCGGAUUUCGAUACUAAGUUCAGGGCUAUGUGGGCUUAGUUGUGUGGUGAUGGUUGGGUGUACGGGUGUUUGAUGAGGUUGAUGAGAAUCAUGAUUGUGUAUAGAAUGAGAAG